AAUCAACGUUCCGAGAAGUUACACAAAACUUUUGAAUCUAGUCUGCGACCAAAAGAGCUGAAAACCUAACAGGGGAGACCAAAGAGAGCAAUGAGGGGGGGAGCAAUCAGGAGUCUAAUCGCCGGCUCAAAGCUGCAGUAUACAUCAAGCAUAAGCGGGUCGUGUAGAAAUGGAUGGACGGCCGGCGGGCGUAACUACAGCCUUAUACCAAUGGUGAUAGAGCACUCAUCGCGAGGAGAGAGAGCCUACGACAUCUUCUCUCGCCUCCUAAAGGAGCGAAUCGUCUGCAUCAAUGGACCCAUCAACGACGAUACAGCCCACGUCGUCGUCGCCCAGCUGCUCUUCCUCGAAUCAGAGAACCCUUCCAAGCCCAUCCACAUGUACCUCAAUUCACCUGGCGGCCAAGUCACCGCAGGUCUUGCAAUUUAUGAUACCAUGCAGUAUAUCCGGUCACCAAUCAAUACCAUUUGUUUGGGUCAGGCUGCAUCAAUGGGUUCCCUCCUUCUGGCUGCUGGCGCCAAGGGACAGAGACGUGCACUCCCAAAUGCAACUAUUAUGAUUCAUCAACCUUCAGGUGGGUAUAGCGGGCAGGCAAAGGAUAUGACAAUCCACACAAAACAGAUAGUUCGUGUCUGGGAUUCUCUAAAUGUGUUGUAUGCAAAGCACACGGGGCAGUCCAUUGAGGUGAUUCAGAAGAAUAUGGAUAGAGAUUAUUUUAUGACCCCUGAAGAGGCGAAAGAGUUUGGGAUAAUUGAUGAGGUCAUUGAUCAAAGACCAAUGGCAUUGGUGACGGAUGCUGUUGAUAGUGAAAAGAAAGAUAAAGGUUCAAGUUAGGACUAGAGAGAUUGAGACAGGAUUGGCUUCCACCUUUCGCAUGUUGAAAAAGUUUGCUCUUAGUCCGUGAAUUCCAGUUCUGUCAACAUUACCCAGUAGUGCUUGGCAUCAUACCUGUUCAUGCGUACUACAUACUAGGUAUGCUUCUGUACGAGUAUAUUUGAGCUAGACUUUUCAAGGCACCUUCUUUUGUUAAUUUAGAUAUUGGAUGUUUUAAAGGAAAUGAUUUUAAGUUAUUUUCUAGCA